AUGUUACUUGGUAUUUAUUUAUUUAUUAUAACGAUAGUUGGAAUACUUAUUAUUAUUAAUUUAAUUGGAUCAAGAGCAAAAAGUGAUUCAGUUUUAGGAAAAAUAUAUGAAAAGAUUUAUAUUAAAAAUAAAGUUAUUCAUGGAAUAAUUGAAUACCUUUUUUACAAACCAAAUCCUCUUCUUAUUAUAUUUAUGGGAGUUCUUGUUACUGUUGGUUAUGUUUUAUUAGCUAUGGAACCUAUGAAAGUUUUAAAUUCACAUGGUCAUUGGUUAAUAUUCCCUCAUCUUCAAUUUCUUGGUACAUUAAUAUUUUAUUACUUAGCCAUUAAAACACCUCCUGGAUAUAUUAAAAAGUCUACAUUAAAAGUAUAUCAAAAUAGAUAUCCAUAUGAUAAUAUUUUAUAUAAAAAAGAAUCAAAUUGUGAAUAUUGUCAUUUAGAAAAAAUACCUAGAAGUAAACAUUGUAAAAUAUGUGGUAAAUGUGUUGCUCGUUUUGACCAUCAUUGUCCUUGGAUUAAUCAAUGUGUUGGAGAAAAAAAUUGUAAAUACUUUUUAUUUUUCUUAUUAUCUAUGUCUAUCUCAUUACUCAUUGUAACUUAUUACUGUGUUGUUGCUAUUAAAUACUUUAUGGAAGACCAUAACAUGACUGGAAAACAUCCUGCCAUUGUUACUCCAACUACUACUAUUCCUUUAGACUUAUCGUUAACUUUGAUUAUACUAUUUAAUUAUAUGAGAUAUACUAUUAUGAUGGUUGUUCUUUGUUUUGUAAUGGGAAUUGCUGUUUUAUGUUUCUUUUUAAAUCAGUUGUAUAUUAUUUAUAAAGGUUAUACAACAUAUGAAAAAAUUAAAUGGGAUAGAAUGUAUGACCAAUACCAUCAAUAUCUUAAUGAGCUUGAUGAUAUGACUGAAGAACAGAAAAAAGAUAACCCUUUAGAAGAAGUUGUUAAUCCAGAUUCAUUAAUUAAUUACUAUGACAAUGGGUUCUUUAAUAAUAUAAAAAGUACUUUAUUCCCAGAGAAAUAUCCACAAGCAAAUUCUAAAUUAAAAAAACAAAAAUAA